CAUACUGGUGACUAUGAGAGGCAUCUGGUCCCACUGGUGAAGAAAAGUCUGAAACCAACCCAAGAAAUAAAUGCCCAGCCAAAUUUCGCAGAGGUAAAAAGUUGGGGUUCUGCCUGUUCUCCUUGUGCGCUCGGCUUUCUAUCUGAAGACAUUUUAGGAGGCUCUGAAGGGAACAAGCUUUUUAAAUCUUAUGCAACAACGAAGAAGAGAUAAAAAAGCUUCGAAGAACGCAUACAAGAUGCUGUGAGCUAUGCUGUGAGAGCUCUGUGAGUGACCCACAAGGCUCCCACACGAGCAAGUAGUGACCGUACCGGAACCGGUAUCUCGAUAUCUCGAUGUCUCGACGAGGACCUGGACGAGGAGGAUGAAGAAGAAGCCCCCCAGGAUAAGUCCCUUCCGGGAUUCCUGUUGAGCAACGAAGAAAGGGAUCUUGGAGGGUGUGACCAGGACUGUCGACCCAUGUGCAACCGUGGCGCACGCUCCGAUUGCAGCUGUUGCUCAUGCUGCAACGCCACCGCCUCCGAGGUUUGCUUGGAGACGUGGACUUGGAAGCUGGCCUCGACUUGGAAGAUGUGGGGCUUCGUACAAGCAUCAAUGCCAUUGAACUCUUGCUUCAGUUCUUUCUGCGAUUGUGGAUCCUUGUGUUGACCCAGCCUAUGUCGUCGACGUGGGUAUCCGUGAGGAGGAGGAGAACAGGAGAACUAGUCUAUAGAACUAAAUUAGCGAAAGGAAAAGAUCGGGUUAUUAUCCAGCACAAACCGUCUGCUUCCAGCCGUUUUAGACUCCCUUCAAUCGUGUGUCCUUCUCCCGCAAAUACCAAUUUCCAACACGCCCAACAGCUCCACUCCAUUAUCUGUUUCUUCUCUCCCUCCAUUACUUUUAUCAUUCCCUGAACAUGCCCCUCCCAACUUCAUUAGACGAUGUGUCGGUACAACUGAUCUACAGCGAACGCCCCGACAAAGGAAACGAAGAUCUUUGGAAAUUCUACGCAAUAGCUCUGUCUCCCUUCGUUCUUGGCGUUCCAGCCCGCCAAGUGAAUUUAUUUCUGCACGAACCCUUCCUUAAUCUCAAUGAUUCUACAAUUGGCACUGUCAGAAAAAUUGUUGAGACAACUGUGAAUCAGACUAUUCCUUGGCUACCCGAGGGCUACCAAGCGUACUUUGCGGCCGUGGUGGAGCGCGCGAAAUCUAUUGAUUGCAUCGUAGGUGCCCCCGUGUGUACUCUUCGCUUUAUAUCCGGACACGGCUUUCACAGCCACCAACAAGGAGGUUUCCUAGUUUGUGGCAAGAAGGUUGCGUUUGGUGAAUUGGGACCCAACGCAACUUCGCUUACUGUUCUUGAUAUUAGCAACUCACAUUAUGCCGUGGCUUGUUUCGACGGAACCUUCCCGACUGGCAAUCCGAAGAAAUUCAAACGAAAAAAGUACUUUGCAACGUCGAAAAUUGGUAUUCCGGUUGUGUGUGACGCAAACGAUUCGACGUGGCCUUUUCGAAUCGGCUUUCACAAUCAAGACGAGAACGACGACGAUGAAUCAAGUUUCGCUUUCAUGUCAAUCCCCAUUGGCGAUUCGGCGGCCUGUUGCCUACUUGCGGCAGUAAAAUUAUUCCUCCUCGACGGCGAGCAAGAAAAAGGCAGUCUUCGUGAAAUCUUUUUCACAAAAUACAACUCGCUCAAGAGCUCAUUCCUAGGUCCCGACGUGGACACCCCGAGAGCUUACGCAAAUGACCUAAGCGGGUUAGAGGAUCUCAUCCGCUCUCGAGUCUUGCCCGUCAAGAUAGCAGCCUUCGAGUGCGAAAUGUUCAUGCGUCAAAACAAGUGGUACCUCACGAUGGAAAGACCAUUGGCGCUUCUAAAGGGGGACGAUGUCAUGGCAAAUCACGUUGUUGACUACGUAAUCAAUAAGGUUGUCAGAUGGCAUGAAAAUCGCCUGCAGUUACUUCCCGACGUGGACACGCUAAAGGAGGCCCGCAAGUCACAGGCAUCAUGGAAUGAAGUUUUGUACACUAUCGGACCUUUCGUUCCCGUCUAAGGGGAAUUGAUUUGGAAUUCGACGAGAAGAGUAAUACAGUGGUCCGUUCCGAUGAAGGAAUUCCAUUCGAGACGUGGGCUAUCUCAUGUGAAGCAUUUCCGGACUACGUUCGAUAUGCCAAACAAUGGAUAGCAACUGGAGAUUCUGAUCCAGAGAGCGAGGGAGCAUACGUCGUAACGCCUCCACGGGCUGGUAACUAGUUUUACUUCGUGAAGAGUGCAUUUAUUGAAAGAUAAUAGAAAACAUAUACCAACAACAAACAUAGUUUUAUGAGCAUAUACCGUAAAAUUGGUGACACAAGUUAUAUAGCUACUCAGACAUGGUUUUGAGAGAACUUGAAUUUGGUGCAACAUAGAGCAUCCCAUAAAGUCUACAUAAGCAUCUUUAUAGCCCAGUCAAAGGCAAUUUUUUAAAAAACGAAUUGGUAAUAAACAGA